AUGGCUGUAGUGUUGAAGCGGGGGAGAGUAAAGCGGGGGAUUUUUGAUUCGAUUAUGCUCAGGCGGAACCCGUGUGUAUGGCUAUUUGAAACCACGGGUGCAGCAGCCCCAAAAUCUGGCAAUUCUGAAUGUCAGAAGAUAGUUGAUAUGAUUCCAGUUCUUCCUCAACAGGCCUCCAGAGAGCAUGAGCAUUCCCAAAAUAUUGGAAAGCACGGGGGCUCGAUGAAGCGGGGGAGACUAAAGCGGGAGAUUUUUCAGUCGAUUACAGGGGCUGUACCCAAUAACUCCGACGAUUUCAAGAGCUGUAUGCUCGGGUGGAACCCAUAUGUAUGGCUAUUUGAAACCACGGGUGCAGCAGCCCCAGAAUAUGGCAAUUCUGAAUGUCAGGAGGUAGUUGAUAUGAUUCCUGUUCCUCCUCAACGGGCCUCCAGAGAGCAUGAGCAUUCCCAAAAUGAUGGAAAACACGGGGGCUCUGUCGUCAACACCAUUCUUAGUGGCAAUAUAAUUUACGCUAACAAUUCCACCAAGUAA